CUCACACCCCGCACUCAAAGACGAAAGAUUACAUAUACCUCAUUUCCUAAAGACCAUCAGCCCGGAACCUUUUUGGUGAGGUCGAAGAGUUCAUGACUGGCAACGAUGGCCUAUCGUCAUCCUUUGUGGAGACCGUAGCAGGGUUGACGGCGGGAAUUGUUUCAACGCUUUGCCUGCAUCCGCUGGAUCUGAUCAAGACUCGACUUCAGGUUGACCCGUCUUUAAGCUCUCGCGGCCAUGAAUCACUCCGACUUGCCCAAGGCAUCUUUCAGCAUGAAGGUGGCCUGGCUGCAUUCUAUCGAGGCCUGACGCCCAAUCUCCUUGGAAACUCGACUAGUUGGGCCCUAUACUUCUUGUGCUACGGUAAUAUCAAAGAAUUGAUGCGAACCUGGCGUGGAGGUACUUUAGGAGAGGGGUUGAGCUCGGCCGACUAUUUUCUAGCCUCGGGAUCCGCCGGUAUGCUGACAUCCGUCUUAACGAAUCCUAUCUGGGUUAUCAAAACCCGCAUGUUGUCAACCGGCUCUCGGGUACCGGGAGCCUAUGCCUCCCUCGUCGUGGGCGCGAGACAGAUCUUCCGCGCAGAGGGCUUAUCCGGCUUUUAUAGGGGCUUAGUCCCGGCGAUGCUCGGAGUCAGCCAUGGUGCGCUGCAGUUCAUGGCUUAUGAACAACUGAAGCUGUACCGCACUCGCAUGGCGGCCGGCGGCGGUACCGAUGGUCCAAGCUCGUGGCGGCCAGAGUCACCAGAGCUGGGGAACGUGGACUACUUCGUACUGUCCAGCCUCUCGAAGCUCUUUGCUGGGUGCGUAACAUACCCAUACCAGGUAUUGCGGUCCCGGUUACAGACCUAUGACGCGCAUAUCAUUUACAUGGGCGUUCGCGAUGCGGUAAUGAAAAUCUGGGUCAGAGAGGGAAUCAAGGGCUUCUACAAAGGUUUGGUGCCAAAUCUGCUGCGGGUACUACCCAACACAUGGGUCACGUUCCUUGUAUAUGAGAAUACUCGGGCAUAUUUGCCGCGGCUGGUUCUUAAGGGGUAGUUGAAGGCAUUAGCUAAGUCUCGCAUCCAUCCGGAAAGACAGCCCACCGUGCCUCUUCUUGAACCCAAUCGCAACGUUCGUAAAACCGAUUAAAGGGGCAACGUUCCCUGCCUGUUCAUCUAAUCACUAGCAGGAUGACAGAGGCAGAGCAAGUCGAAGAUCUAUCUGGAGAUCAGAAUCUGCUUAUACAAAUGGAUGCUAUACAUGUAUUACAUCGGACCCUGGACAUGUUCUUCCCCUCAAUUACUUCAUUCCUCCCAAUGCAGUGUUCCUUUCGUGUGUUGAAAAU